GAUCCGCCGCUGCCACUGCCGCCCGAUGAAUGGAGUCGCUUUCUGCCUGGUCGGGAUCCCGCCCCGCCCGGAGCCCCGGCCCCCUCAGCUGCCCCUGGGCCUGCGAGAUGGGUGCUCGCCUGGGCGCCCCCCGCCCUGGCAGGGGCCAAGGACGCUGCUGCUGCGCAAGAGUCUGCAGGAUGGCUUCGGCUUCACCCUGCGCCACUUCAUCGUGUACCCGCCCGAGUCGGCCGUGCACUGCAGCCUGAAGGAGGAAGAGAAUGGAGGCCGAGGAGGAGGGCCCUCCCCGCGGCACCGGCUGGAGCCCAUGGACACCAUCUUUGUGAAGAACGUGAAGGAGGAUGGGCCUGCCCACAGGGCGGGGCUCCGCACAGGAGACCGGCUGGUGAAGGUGAACGGGGAAAGCGUCAUUGGGAAGACCUACUCCCAGGUGAUCGCUCUGAUACAGAAUAGCGACGACGCCCUGGAACUGGCCAUCAUGCCCAAGGACGAGGACAUCCUGCAGCUGGCCUACUCCCAGGACGCCUACCUGAAGGGGAACCAGCCAUAUACCGGAGAGGCCCGCAGCAUCCCAGAGCCGCCCCCCGUCUGCUACCCCCGCAAGAGCUACGCUCCGCCAGCCCGGGUCUCCGCCUGGGCCACUAUGGUGCCUGAGCCCGUCUCAGCACUGCCCAACGACUCCCGGAGUCCUGCUGCCUGGAGUGACCCGGGGCCCCGCGUCCCGGCCGCCGCCCGUGCCCACCUGGACAACUCCUGCCUGGGGAUGAGCCAGCCCCGCCCCAGCCCUGGUGCCUUCCCCAACCUGCCCUCGGAAUCCCGGACGCCGCGUGCCUUCCCGGAGCCUGGCAGCCGGGUGCCCCCCAGCAGGCGGCAGUGCCAGCAGGCCUUGUCACACUGGCUGUCGAACCAAGUACCCCGCAGGGCGGGGGAGAGAUGGUGCCCGGCCAUGCCGCCCCGGGCUCGCAGCGCCUCACAGGACCGCUUGGAGGACGUGACUGCCCACCGCCCAUGGCCCUGCUCCACCUCCCAGGAUGCCUUGAGCCAGCUGGGCCAGGAGGGCUGGCACCGGGCGCGCUCAGACGACUACCUGGGCAGGGCCACUCGCUCCGCUGAGGCACUGGGGCCAGGGGCCCUGGUUUCGCCCCGUCUUGAGCGCUGUGGCUGGGCUUCCCAGCGCCCAGCUGCCCGCACCUCUGCUUGCCCGUCCCGGGACCUGCCAGGGCCCCAGGCCGCGCCCCUCCCCGGCCUGCAGGGCCUGGACGACGUCGGGUACAUCGGGUACCGGAGCUACAGCCCCUCCUUCCAGCGACGGACUGGCCUCUUGCACGCACUCUCCUUCCGGGACUCGCCCUUUGGGGGGCUGCCCUCCUUCAGCUUGGCCCAGACCCCUGCACCAUUUCCGCCAGAGGCCUCUGAACCAGCAGCCAGGGUCGUCAGGCCGGAACCCAGCCCCCGGGCCCUGGAGCCUCCCGCUGAGGACCACCGUGACGAGGUGGUCCUGAGGCAGAAGCCCCCGACGGGCCGCAAGGUCCAGCUGACCCCCGCGAGACAGGCGAACCUCGGGAUUGGCGACGAGGCCCCGGAGCCGGAGCCCAGUGGGCGAGGGCCACGCCUGGGCAGGAAGGUGGCCCCUCUGGCCACAACCGAGGACUCUCUGGCUUCCAUCCCCUUCAUCGAUGAGCCCACCAGCCCCAGCAUCGACCUCCAAGCCAAGCACGUCCCUGCCUCCGCUGUGGUCUCCAGUGCCAUGAACUCUGCCCCCGUCCUGGGCACCAGCCCGUCCUCCCCGACCUUCACCUUUGCCCUCGGCCGCCAUUACUCCCAGGACUGCAGCAGCAUCAAGGCCGGCCGCCGCUCCUCCUACCUGCUGGCCAUCACCACGGAGCGCUCCAAGUCCUGCGACGAUGGGCUCAACACCUUCCGAGAUGAGGGCCGGGUGCUGCGGCGCCUGCCCAACCGGGUCCCCAGCCUGCGGAUGCUGCGGAGUUUCUUCACUGACGGGUCCUUGGAUAGCUGGGGCACCUCCGAAGAUGCUGAGGCCCCUUCCAAGCGACCUUCAACCUCUGACCUCUCGGAUGCCAACUUCAGCGACAUCAGGAGAGAGGGCUGGUUGUAUUAUAAGCAGAUCCUCACCAAGAAGGGCAAGAAAGCGGGCAGCGGCCUGCGCCAGUGGAAGCGGGUGUACGCCGCGCUGCGGGCGCGCUCGCUCUCGCUGAGCAAGGAGCGGCGGGAGCCCGGGCCGGCGGCGGCGGGGGCUGCGGCGGCCGGCGCAGGUGAGGACGAGGCGGCGCCCGUCUGCAUCGGCUCCUGCCUGGUGGACAUCUCCUACAGCGAGACCAAGAGGAGGCACGUGUUCCGGCUGACCACCGCUGACUUCUGUGAAUAUCUCUUUCAGGCUGAGGACCGGGAUGACAUGCUGGGCUGGAUCAGAGCGAUCCGGGAGAACAGCAGGGCCGAGGGCGAGGACCCCGGCUGUGCCAACCAAGCUCUGAUCAGCAAGAAGCUUAAUGAGUACCGCAAAGUGAGCCAUAGUUCUGGGCCCAAAGCUGAUUCCUCCCCUAAAGGCUCUCGGGGCCUGGGGGGCCUCAAGUCUGAGUUCCUCAAACAGAGUGCUGCCCGCGGCCUCAGGACCCAGGAGCUGCCUGCAGCAGGCAAGGAUGACAAUGCCGCCGCCCCCAAGACCCCCUGGGGCAUCAACAUCAUCAAGAAGAACAAGAAGGCAGCCCCGCGGGCGUUUGGGGUCCGGCUGGAGGAGUGCCAGCCGGCCACGGAGAACCAGCGCGUGCCCCUGAUCGUGGCCGCGUGCUGUCGCAUCGUGGAGGCGCGAGGGCUGGAGUCCACCGGCAUUUACCGGGUGCCCGGCAACAACGCAGUGGUGUCCAGCCUGCAGGAGCAGCUCAACCGCGGGCCCGGCGACAUCAACCUGCAGGACGAGCGCUGGCAGGACCUCAAUGUGAUCAGCAGCCUGCUCAAGUCCUUCUUCCGGAAGUUGCCCGAGCCUCUGUUCACUGAUGACAAAUACAACGACUUCAUCGAGGCCAAUCGCAUCGAGGACGCCAGGGAGCGGAUGAAGACGCUGCGGAAGCUGAUCCGGGACCUCCCAGGACACUACUAUGAAACGCUCAAGUUCCUCGUGGGCCAUCUCAAGACCAUCGCUGACCACUCGGAGAAGAACAAGAUGGAGCCCCGGAACCUGGCCCUGGUCUUCGGGCCCACGCUGGUGAGGACGUCCGAAGACAACAUGACGGACAUGGUGACACACAUGCCUGACCGCUACAAGAUCGUGGAGACGCUGAUCCAGCACUCAGACUGGUUCUUCAGCGACGACGAGGACAAGGGAGAGCGAACCCCCGUGGAUGACAAGGAGCCCCAGUCUGUGCCCAACAUCGAGUACCUGUUGCCCAACAUCGGCAGGACGGUGCCCCCUGGUGACCCAGGCUCAGAUUCCACCACCUGUAGCUCAGCCAAGUCCAAGGGCUCGUGGGCCCCCAAGAAGGAGCCGUACGCCCGGGAGAUGCUGGCGAUCUCCUUCAUUUCGGCCGUCAACCGCAAGCGGAAGAAGCGGCGGGAGGCGCGGGGGCUGGGCAGCAGCACCGACGACGACUCGGAGCAGGAGGCGCACAAGCCCGGCGCCCCGGAGCGGCCGGAGGGGCCACCGCCCGCCGCCGAGGCCCCCGGCCGCCUCAGCCCCCCGGCAGCGCCGGAGGAGCGGCCGGCCGCCGACGCGCGCUCCAUCGUCUCGGGCUACUCCACCCUGUCCACCAUGGACCGCAGCGUGUGCUCGGGCGCCGGCGGCCGGCGGGCGGGCGCGGGGGACGAGGCGGACGACGAGCGUAGCGAGCUGAGCCACGUGGAGACGGACACGGAGGCGGGCGCGGGGCCGGCGGGGCGCCUGGCGCGCCGGCCCUCCUUCAGCUCGCACCACCUCAUUCCCUGCGACACCCUGGCGCGCCGCCGCCUGUCCCGCAGCCGCCCGGACGCCGAGGGCGCGGGCACCUGCGCGGGUGUGGGCCGGGGCGGCCCCCGCGCGCCGGAGCCGCCGGGCUCGGCCUCGUCCAGCAGCCAGGAGUCGCUGCGGCCCGCGGCGGCCGCGGCCGCGGCGCUAAGCUCGCGGCCCUCGCGCAUCGAGGCACUGCGGCUGCGGCUCCGCGGCACGGCCGACGACAUGGCCGUGCGGCUGCGGCGGCCGCUGUCGCCCGAGACGCGGCGGCGCCGGAGCAGCUGGCGGCGCCACACGGUGGUGGUGCAGAGCCCGCUCACCGACCUCAACUUCAACGAGUGGAAGGAGCUGGGCGGAGGGGGCGCCCCGGAGCCCGUGGGCCCUCGGACCCACAGCGACAACAAGGACUCCGGCCUCAGCAGCCUGGAGUCCACCAAGGCGCGGGCCUCCUCGUCGCCGGGGGACCCGGGGGCCCUGCAGAGCCAGCCCCCGCGCCGCUCGGCCGCCUCCCGCCUGCAGCAGUGUCUGUGACCUGCCUCGGGCCCCACCCCUCCCCGGAGCCCCUUGGGCACGGGCGUCUGCCCUGGCCUGCGCCCCCUCUUCUGUUACCCUGGGUGCCGCGGGGUGGGGUCCCUGGCUAGGGUGCUGGAAUUCGCAGGGGCCGGCAGGCGGAACAGAGUGGGAGGCGGGUGCCCGCGGUCAAGAGCAGCAGUGGAGAGGCUUGGGCUGCUGGGAUGUGCGUCCUCUGGGAGGCCAAACGCGUCCCUCUGGGCCUUUCCGUGGCUGCACUGAGGGAUCCCUGCUGACCACUGGGUGUGGGUAGGGAACCCCCCGAUUUCAGACUUAAGGAAAGAUGCUGGCUGAAGCCGGCUCCUGCAUCUCGCCGCUUCCCUGGCCCCACCCCCCAAUUAGCUCCUAGCGCCAGGCUACGGGGAGGAGGUGUGGGUGGUGCUGUCCGCGGGGCGGGACUUGUGCGUGCGAGUGUGUGUCGUUCACUGUCCGAAGGUGUGUUCUGUAGCAACUUCUGCUGUCCCCGCCCCGCCCCCCUGCUCAGGGCUCCCUGCCUUCGGUGCACACAGGAUCCUGCCCUCCUGCCCCUGGUCAGAGCCAGAGAAGCAGGUUGGGGCCAAUCCACAGAGGCAGGGCUCACGCCAUCUGCAGGGUCACCCUCUGGUCCUUUGGGGAAUCUAUGCGUCACCCCCCUAAGCCCUCUCACCCUGAGCAGCUGGCUGUUCCCUAGACAGGGUCCCUCCUGCUGGUCCCUCCCUGGCCCCCUCCUUCCACAACUCGGGCACACAGACCCCCACCUUAUGCCCCUGGGGCAGGGGUGGCUGGCGCCUCUGUCUCACAUGAAUGGGAUCUGAUCUGGGCUGUACCUGCAGGACGGGCAGAGGCUGCCCCUUUUCUCCCCACACGUUGUACAUAGGCCUCAGAUCACCCCCCACACCCCCCCACGCACCCUCACUCAUUCCAGGGAACCCACCGCCCCAUCUGUCAGUCCUCUCGUUUUAUGCAAUUUGCUGUAAAGUAGAUUUCUUUGUCUCUCCCGCUCCCCCUGCCUUCUAUUGUAAAUACUGUCUCUAAAUGUGUAACAUAUUAUAAAGAAUUUAUAAGGGUUUUUAAAGAUGUUUUGCUCCUUUAAGAAAGUGUUGUAACAGUGUUGUUUGACGCCCCGCCCCACGUCCGCAUGGCUCCUGUCACAGUGUCCCUCUAGGCGGCAACUAAGAUUUUCUGCUUCUGAGAAUCCUGUCUUUCAAGUACAGUCUAUAUCUUGGAAAUAAACGGCCUUCCUUGAGGCUCGAGUCGGCUGUCUCAC